GUUCACUUUUCAUUAAAGGACAUAAUUAUACUUUAUGACAAUCGAUCCGACAAAAUACAUUAUGAUGACUGAAGGAGAUAACUGGUGAAAAAGGAUAUAAUGUGAAAUACGACAGGAUAUAAAGAAAAUUAGAAACUGAAAUAGAAAUCGAACGCUCAAAAAUCCGGAAUAAGUUGAUGUAACAAUUUAUCGUGUUUGUCGCCUUAUGCCUGGUUCUCAUGUGUCUGUAUAUGAUAAGGGAAAACUACCAUAUGAUAAAAUAAAUAUUUCUCUAUAUAUAAUAGUCUCUAUUAAAUUUAUAGAAACUACAUUAUGAAACUGAAACAUGUUUUAGGUACUUUGAUAUGCCGGGCUUAUCAUGCAUCUAAACACAAGGUUCGAAUCCCGGACAGUUCAGUGACAGAAUAUAUCUUCAGAGGAUUGGGAAAACACGGGGAAAAGACGGCGCUUAUAGAUGGAACUAGCAACAGGACUGUAUCAUUUAAUCAACUUUAUGAAGAAGUAAAUCACGUGACUAACAAUCUUGGUUCCCUGGGCUUGAAGCACGGGGAUGUGGCGUGUUUAUGCGGGACUAACGCCCCGGAGUUUGCGCAUGUUUUCUGUAGCGUGACGGCAUUAGGAGCAGCUUUAACCAUUGCCAACUCUCAGCUUACAUCAGGUGAAUUAUUACUGCAAGUCAAGGAUACACAGUCUCGUCUGCUAUUUACAACGGAGGAAUGUGCGGACAAGGCACUACAAGUCCAGAAUUCAAGUCCUAACUUGAUACAACAAGUGAUUGUGUUUGGCAACCACAACAAUUGUUUGUCAUUUGAUGAUCUAAAGAGAGUAGCACCGGACGUCGAUCUACCGAAGAUCGAACCUGAAUCUGAUGUGGCACUUAUACCAUUCAGCAGCGGGACCACUGGGCUACCGAAAGGUGUUCAACUCACACAUAGAAAUAUUGUAGCAGAAUUAGCCGCAUUAAGCCAUCCAUUGUUUUUGCCAUUCGAGGAUGGUAAUAGCUCCCUGUCCGCCCUUCCUAUGGUACAUAUCGCUGGUCUGGUUAUCGGGAUGCUGAACCCAUUAAGCCAAGGUGCAACAGUGGUGACUUUGCCUCGAUUUCAACCAGAGGCUUUUCUUUCUGCAUUACAGAAAUACAAGAUUACAUUUUCGCUAAUAGCUCCGCCAGUUGUGAAUUUCCUUGCUAACGACCCUUUAGUGAACAACUUCGACCUCUCACACUGGACAACACCGUAUUCUGGGGCGGCACCUCUGGGAGCUGACCUCACCAUGCAAAUGGUGACAAGACUUAAUCUAAAAGGCAUCAGACAAGGUUAUGGUAUGUCAGAAGCAAGUCCUGCCACACACACAACACCAUCGGAUGGUUGGAAAUAUGGUUCCAUUGGUAUACCAAUACCCAACACAGAGAGCAAGAUAGUUGACAUAGAGACAGGGUGUGACCUCGACGUGGACCAGCAUGGGGAGAUAUGGGUUCGAGGCCCACAGAUAAUGAAAGGCUACUUGAACAAUACAGAAGCAACUGGAGAAACCAUCAAUGAAGAUGGAUGGAUGAGAACAGGUGACAUUGGUUAUUUUGACAAAGAUGGACACUAUUUUGUUGUGGACCGACUUAAAGAAAUCAUAAAAUACAAGGGAUAUCAGAUUGCUCCAGCCUAUCUUGAAUCUAUCCUGUUAUCCCAUGACAGUGUGGAGGAUGCAGCCGUAGUGGGAGUACCACAUGGUGUAGAUGGUCACCUACCUACAGCAUAUGUUGUGUGCAAUAAAACUAUACAGGAAUCUGACCUUGUAAAUUUUGUGAAUUCUCAAGUAGCUCCAUACAAACAGCUGAGAGGUGGAGUCCAUAUUGUGAAGGAAUUACCCAGAUCUCCUAGUGGUAAAAUACUGAGAAGAAAACUUCUUUGACACUGGCAUUUCUGUAUUUUUCAAAAUAAAUUAAUAUGAUCAAUGA